AUGAAAAAAACUUUUUGUCGAUGUUCAUGUUUUUUUAAAAGUAAUAUCUAUUUGGAACAAAUUGGUGCUCAUGUACAUUAUAUAGAUGAUGAGCAAUUUCGAAAAGAACAUCAACAAUUAGCUUCGGAUAAAAAUGAUAUUGAACAAUUAUUAAAUUCUGUACAUAAAGAAAUUAAUCGUCGACAAACACUUGAUACAGAUGCACGUAUACGUAAAGAAAAAAUUCGUAAAGAAUAUCAACCAUUAUAUCCCGAACUUUAUCAAUUUCAAUCGAAAUUUUUAUCUGAACAUUUCAAACAAAUAUGUGCACAACCAAAAUCUUCUAAUGAAUAUUUGAAAAAAUUUAAUAAUGGAAUUUAUUCAAUACCAGUAUUUACAACAGAAUUUUGUACAAAAUUUAUUGAUGAAUUAAAACAUUUUGAAGCAUCACCAAUGCCGAAAGGAAGACCAAAUACUAUGAAUAAUUAUGGCGUUCUUUUAGAUGAAUUAGGAUUUUCAAAUUUUAUUGAUGAAUUACGUAAUCAAUAUUUAAAUCCUCUUGUUAAAGCUUUAUAUAGUGAUGAAUAUGUAGGUGAUACAGGAUUAGAUUCACAUAAAGCAUUUGUUGUUUCAUAUAAAAUUGGUCAAGAUAUUGAUCUUGGUUAUCAUUAUGAUAAUGCCGAAGUUACACUGAAUGUAUCACUUGGAGCACAAUUUGAAGGUGGUGACUUAUAUUUUGGUACUAUGGCGAAAGCUAAUCGUACAGUAUUUUCAAAUUUCACAUUUGUUGAACAUAUGCCUACUUUUGGUAUCUUGCAUCGCGGUCAACAUCUUCAUGGUUCUGAACCAAUAACAUCUGGUGAACGAUAUAAUUUUAUUAUAUGGAUGCGUUCAUCUUCUAAACGUAAUCAACUUUGUCCAAUGUGUUGGCAAAAACCUGAAUAUCUUAUACCCGUUGAAUCUGAUAGUUAUGGUGAUGGAAUGACUAAUUCAAUUGAGAACAUCUAG